GGAGGCGGAGGCGGAGAUUGCAGUGAGCUGAGAUCGUGCCACACUGCAUUCCAGCCUGGCGACAGAGCGAGACUGCGUCUCAAAAUGAAAAAAAAAAAAAAAGAGAGAGAGAAGUUCAUAGUACAUUAGUGAUAAGUGCUGUGGUGAAAAAAAAAAAAAAGAGAAGUUCAUAGUAUAUUAGUGAUAAGUGCUGUGGUGAAAAAAAAAAAGAGAAGUUCAUAGUAUGUUAGUUGAUAAGUGCUGUGGGAGAAGGAAAUAGGAAUGUCCUAGGGCUGAAGGGCUAAAGCAGUUCUGUGUAGGAUUGUCAGGUCAGUUAAACUUGACAUUUAAGCAGAAAUUUGGAAGUGAGGAAAUUAGCCGUAGAGAUGUCUGAGUGUAAGAAUUCCAGGCAAAAGGGACACCCAAUUCCUGGACCCUAAGGGAAGACUUACUUUUGAACUCGCUGUAAGACUGAGAAAUUACGUAGUCCUUCCUGAAACCACUAAGAGGAAAAAUGUCUGUGACACUGCAUACAGAUGUAGGUGAUAUUAAAAUUGAAGUCUUCUGUGAGAGGACACCCAAAACAUGUGAGAAUUUCUUGGCUCUUUGUGCCAGUAAUUACUACAAUGGCUGUAUAUUUCAUAGGAAUAUCAAGGGUUUCAUGGUUCAAACAGGAGAUCCAACAGGAACUGGAAGAGGAGGCAACAGUAUCUGGGGCAAGAAGUUUGAGGAUGAAUACAGUGAAUAUCUUAAGCACAAUGUUAGAGGUGUUGUAUCUAUGGCUAAUAAUGGCCCGAACACCAAUGGAUCUCAGUUCUUCAUCACCUAUGGCAAACAGCCACAUUUGGACAUGAAAUACACCGUAUUUGGAAAGGUAAUAGAUGGUCUGGAAACUCUAGAUGAGUUGGAGAAGUUGCCAGUAAAUGAGAAGACAUACCGACCUCUUAAUGAUGUACACAUUAAGGACAUAACUAUUCAUGCCAACCCAUUUGCUCAGUAGCUAUGAUAGACCUGGACAAAUAACUUGACAAAUUGCUGGAACACACUUAUUGUGGUUUACCUGGUUUUAAUUAUGUCAGAGAUUGCAUCAUCCUUCUGCUCUUUUACAACUAUGAUCUUCUAUGAAAUGGUGGUACCAAGGGGCACCCAACAGCUUUUAUCCCCAUUCUUGGAGCAUAUUCUUUAUUAUAACGAUUAUCCAACAUAUUUCUUUAAUUUUAAUGCAAAAAAUACAUCAUUUAAUUUUUGUUACAUAUAAACAUUCAUUUUUAAAUGCUGAGCCUCAAAUGCAGGCAUUUUUGAGUGGCCUGAUUACAUAUUCCUCCCACAGCAAGUUCGUAUCCUGGAAGUGUUAUUUUAUAAUAAAAUUAAAAAUGUUUUAAAGAAUUAAA